AUGAAAAAUUCAACCUCUUUGACAAGUUAAACUGCUGAAAAUGAAAACAUUCGCGUCUGCAGUCAUCUUGGCUGUCGCACUAACUAUUUACAUUGAGGGGAACGCUGCCUUCCCAUUCACAACCGUAGAAGACAUGGAGGAAGAAAAGAGCACUGAUGAUCCUGCUGCAAUGCAAGAAGAGACGUCAGUAGAAACAUGGAUGAUGCCGUUUGACAUCGGGGAGAAUCACAACACUAGCCCCGUCAGAUGCCAUCAUUGCUGUGACUGCUGCCUGUUCAGUGGCUGUGGCAUAUGUUGCCAGUGAGGCUCAGAUUUGAGUAGCUUCCAUCAAAAGCAGCUUUACUUUCUCAUCUUCAGCUAAAAAAAUAUGAUGUAUGUAUUUAUCCAUGCUGUAUUUACUAUUAUGUACAAUAAACAAC